AUGCCGUUGAAGGUUGUGUUCAGGUUCUACUUGUGUGUUGUCAGUCUUCUUUCACUGGCAGCCAUUUUCCUUGGAGGCUUCCAGCCUUCAACAGUGAACUUCCCUGUGGUGAAAUGGAAGAACCUCUAUACCAGUAAGAAAUCCUGUCACGCCAAGACCAACAUCAUGUUCCUCAAGACCCACAAAACCGCCAGUAGCACCAUCAUGAACCUCUUGUACCGGUUCACAGAGAAGCAGAACCUCACCAUCGCUCUUCCUGCAGGCCAGAGUUUCCACCUGGGAUACCCCUGGCUUUUUCUGACCAAGUAUGUGGAAGGCUUCAACACAGAGAAACACAGCUACAACAUCAUGUGCAACCACUUGAGGUUUAACUGGCCAGAGGUGCAGAAAGUGAUGCCGCAUCAUACGAUCUACUUUUCCAUCAUAAGAAACCCAAUAUCCCACCUGGAGUCCUCCUUCGUCUAUUAUAAGCACGUGGUGCCAGCUUUCGAGAAUCUAAAGACGCUCAAUGAUUUUUUGGCCUCUCCACUGAGUUAUUACAAUGAAAGUCUAGCCAUAAGAAAUGCAUAUGCCAAGAACAAUAUGUGGUUCGAUUUUGGCUACGAUAACAACGCCAACGACACCGAGGGCUACAUCCGCAGCAAAAUAGAAGAGAUUGAAGAGCGAUUCCAGCUCAUCCUCAUUGCGGAUUAUUUUGACGAGUCGAUGGUCCUCCUGAAGAACACGCUCUGCUGGGAUCUGGAUGAUGUGGUCUACUUCAAGCUGAACUCCAGAAGUCAGGACUCCAUCCAGACCCUGAGUCGGGAGAGCCAGGAGAGGGUGAAGGGCUGGUGUUCCCUGGACUGGCAGCUCUACCGUCACUUCAACAAGACGUUCUGGAGGAAGAUUGAGGCUACUAUUGGGCUGAAGGACUUGGUCAGGGAGGUGGAGCUCCUGAGAGAGAGGCAGAAAGAGCUCAUGGCAGUCUGUAUUCAAGACGAGAAGCCAACAAAUAAAACGGAAAUCAAAGACUUGAAGCUCAAACCUUUCCAGUCAGGAGAAGCCAAGAUCCUGGGCUAUAACCUCAAACGAGAUUUAGACAAUGAGACCUUGGCCACCUGCCAGAAAAUGGUCAUGCCCGAACUCCAGUACAUGGCACAGUUGUACACGCAGCAAUUCCCAGAAAAACAACCAAAAAACCUAGGGUUUCUUGCUUAGCAUUGGGGAUAGUGAGUGCAGAAGUAUCGUGUCCAAGGGCCUGCAUCCUGACAAUGUGGCCUUGCCUUCCCCAACCCAGAGACCAUUUUGGUCCCGUCUCUCCCCAGGUAGUGCAGGAAAAGAGCAGGGAAAAGGCUAGGCAUCCAGAAAAGCACACCUGGGCCAAACUCCAUGUGUAAUGUUCUUUUAAAAUUUGCCUUAUGCUAAUUUUUUAAAAGCAUUUCUUUUACAAUGGUAAAAUACCCUUGUCAAGAAACAUUCAUUUACCAACCUGAUGUAAUUCCUUUAUUCAGCUAUUUCCAGGAGGAAGUAGUCAGGGUUGAGUUUAAAUGGAGGCUGACUUAGUUGAAGAAUUUGCUAAUAUACAUUUUUUUUAAGCCACGUCUUUCAUUACCUAGUAUUUUUUGGGAUGAGUACUUUAUGUUCUACACGCUUGGUAGAGUACAAUGAAAAUCAAAGACAUUAUCCUUGAGCUUAAGAAACUCAGAAUCUAAUGUGUAACUUUGCCCUUUGUUUAUCUAAAUAUUUGAUAUUUAAUUCAUUUUGAGACAUAUAUGAAAGGAUUAAGGGAUAUGACAAAGCACUGGGCUAAGCUUAAAAUAAUCAGGUCAGGUACAAUACUCGUCCCACAGGGGCUCACAAUCUAAUCAAU